CUAGCAGUGCGGUUUCAGAUUACAGAAACUGAGAAGGAUAAACGUCACCCAUUUAUGCAAUUAGCAUUGCUGGAAUUAUUUGAUGGUAAGGCCUGUCGGAGGUAUACUCGAUGAGAAGCUCGGGUUUGGAAAAUAAUUCAACGCGGAAUGAUGGCGAAUUCAGCGCUCGACAACGCCAUUGCAUUCAAUAGGUUCGCUUUGAUAAUUCUGGUUUGUACAACCGGAUUGAUUUUCGGACAAAUUCGGUAUUCUAUCCCCGAAGAAAUGAAGAUAGGGUCUUUUGUUGGAAAUAUCGCUGAAGAUUUGAGACUAAAUGUACCGCAAAUGUCGACUCGGAAAUUGCGACUAACAUCCGAUGAUGGCGGACAGUACAUGGAGGUUAAUUUAGAGAAUGGGAUUUUGUCUGUUCGUGAAAGAAUCGACAGGGAGCGGCUUUGUGGACAAACAGCUGUGUGCAUUCUACCUUUUGAAAUAAUACUGGAGAACCCUUUGGUGGUGUUUCGCGGGGUAGUGGAAAUUAUUGAUAUAAAUGACAAUUCCCCAACGUUCCGAGACACUAGCUUUGUCUUACAAAUGUCCGAAGCGAUUGCACCCGGUGUACGUUUUCCCCUCGAGAGCGCGGAAGAUCCCGAUAUUGGUAUGAAUACUAUCGCUGCUUACACAAUCAGUUUUAAUGAAUAUUUUACUCUUAAAGCGCAGAGAACUCCGUCCGGCGUUAUAAAUGUUGAGUUACAGUUAGAAAAAGCACUGGACAGAGAACUGCAGGCAGCCUUUCAGUGGGUCCUGACGGCGAAUGAUGGUGGGACACCUGCAAGAUCUGGCACAACGCAGAUUCGUAUUACCGUGGUGGACUUUAACGAUAAUCCACCAGUUUUUCAUCGCGAAAUUUACAAGGCCAGUUUAAGAGAAGACGCACCCCAAGGUACAUUGGUACUGCAAGUCAAAGCAAGUGAUUUGGACGAAGGUCUGAAUGCUGAGCUAACCUAUAAUUUCAGCAGCUUAGUUCCACCAAAAGUUCUCAAAUUGUUCAGUUUGGACCCCCACACCGGGGCCAUUCGCGUUGAAGGCGGGGUAGAUUACGAAGAAGCAAACAUUUAUUCGCUGACUGUCCAAUCAGUGGACCACGGAUCACCUUCAAUGACGGGUCGCACCACAGUACUGAUUGAGUUAAUUGAUGUAAACGACAAUGCACCCGAAAUAAAAGUGACAUCUGCUCCGAGCAAUGUUCCAGAAAAUGCUCAUCCAGGAACUUUGGUAACUUUGAUCAAUGUCAUUGAUCGAGAUUCUGGAGAAAAUGGACAGUUUCAAUGUGACAUUCCUAAGUACUGUCCCUUCAGACUUCGAACAUCAACUAAAAAUCAUUAUGAGUUGAUUACCAGUGAGCCGCUGGACCGUGAAGCCGUUGCUGAGUAUAAUAUACAAUUUGUAGCUCGGGACUUUGGGUCGCCUUCACUGUCAACAAAUAAAACCAUCCAGAUUGCAAUAUCUGAUGUAAACGAUAACGCCCCGCGGUUUGGUGAAUUGUCAUACAACUUGUAUGUUAUGGAGAAUAACGAUCCAGGUACGUCUAUUUUUGCAGUAACUGCAACAGAUCCUGAUCGGAACCAGAAUUCCUAUGUUUCUUACUCUUUUCUCGAGGGGCUUAUCCAGAAUAUUCCAGUGUCCAGUUACCUCAGCAUUAACUCGAUGAACGGCACGAUUUACGCGCUGCGUUCCUUUGACUAUGAGAAACUCAAGAACUUCCAGAUCCAUGUACUCGCCCGUGACGCUGGUGUACCUUCGCUAAGCAGCAGCGCCACGGUGAAUGUGAUCAUCUUGGAUCAAAAUGACAACGCGCCGCUAAUUGUCUCACCUUCCGAACUGAGUGGAUCAGCAGCAGUGGAGACUGUGCCCCGGUCAGCUGGCCAAGGGUACUUGGUCACCAAGAUAAUAGCAACUGAUGCAGAUUCCGGUCAGAACGCACGGCUCUUUUAUCAGAUGGUGAAAUCUACUGAUCCAACACUGUUCAACGUUGGACAAAAUACCGGUGAAAUCAGAACGGCGCGCAUUAUUUUUCAGACCGAUACUAUUGCACAAACUAUUUUAUUCUUGGUUAGAGAUAAUGGGCUGCCAAGCCUAUCCAGUACGGCUACAGUGCACAUUACAGUCUUGGAGAACAUCACGGAAAACCUUUCUGAAAGUGAUAACUUGUUGAGCAGUUCAAAUCAUUUCACCGACUUGAAUCUUUAUUUAAUAAUCGUUUUCACUUGCACUUCCGCUCUUUUUCUUGCGAUUAUCAUUCUGUUAAUUGCCAUUAAAUGUAAACAGACCAUGAGUGCUUCCCAGGAAUAUAAUUCAAGGCGUUUUUGUUACAAUAGUGGGGAUCCUCGUGAUACUUUUACUCGAAGAUCUGCAAUGGAGGAAACUUUACGGUAUCCCGGGACUGGCCGGUUAGUCCGCGUGCCGGAAGCGAACCACUACUCGGUUUGCCUGUCUCCUGAAUCAGCGAAAAGCGAUUUUCUCUUUUUGAAGCCAUGCAGCGCUCCCACGUCUUAGGCGCAAUGAUGAAUUGCAAGGAUUUGAUAAUAUUGCGAUUGGCGUUUCAGCGAUUUUUUUUUUAGAUUAUUGAGAUGGAUCACUUUGAGCGGUUUCAUAGAGUCAAACAGCAUCCAAACAGUUAUUCCGGCUAAACUCGUCCAUGACGCCCCAAAUGCCCCCCUAACAGAUAAUCCCUUAGGUCGCGUUUGACCUAUGUCCCACUGAACCUUUCCUAUCAAUGCAUGUAUCUUGUAUCUUAGUGUAUUUUAGAUGUUAUUAAGAUACCUGUCUCAAUUGUCUCUUCUGGAAGGUCGAUCUGUAAACCGAUCACGCUCUGCGCGAAAACAAAUGUCCCUCAGAACCGUAAUAAACCUUUACUUAAAAUGCUGUGCAAUUCAACUGGUCAGGGAACGUCUCAUCAGAAUAUGGAUAGGUGACGUUUCGGGUCAGGAUUCUUCCGAAACUUCACCUCUCCAUUUUACCGGAUUCUACCGGAUAAGCUGAGUUACUCCAGCAUUGUGUAACUACAUUUGGAAUAUAAUAGCAUCUGCGUUUCUUUGUAAUUACAUUCCUAAUACAACAUUCUCCUCUCAACGUAAACUCAUGUCCUUUGCUUCUUGAUUGCCUUUCGCUGGGUAAAUGACCGUGCGCACUCACGCUAUCUAUUCCCCUCAUAAUUGUAUGCAACUCUAUAAGAUUAGCUCUCAGCCUUCUGGCUCCGAGUUUUCCCAAUCUCUCCCUAGAACGUAAGCACUCGAGUCCUGGCAGCAUCCUCCUAAAUGUUCUCUACACUCAUUUCAGGUCACUAACAUCCUUCUUAUGGCCGGGUAUUCAAAGCUGAACACAAUACUCCAAAUGUGUCCGUCACCGACGUCUUAUGCAACUCUAGCAUAACGCCCCAAAGUUUCUACUGAAUAGUGUAGGUGAUCGAAGCCAAUGUACCAAAAGCCUUCUGUACAUGUGACCCACUUUAGGGAACCAUGUACCGGUCUUUCUAGACCCAUCUGCUACAUAAAUGUAGCAGAUGGGUCCAGAAUCAUGCUACAUGUAGCGUAUAAAUUAGCCAGAAAAAGCAGCCUACCAGACGACUGAGAGAAAUUCAGUCCAGCAGAGGAGGACAAAGGGCUUGCUUAGGAAAGGGAAAAUAGAUUAUGAAAUAAAACUGUCAGGGAACAUAAAAACUGACUGCAAACACUUGUAUAGAUAUGUGAAGAGAAAAAGAUUAGUUAAAACAAAUGUAGGUCACUUGCAGUCAGAAACAGGUGAAUUGAUCAUAGGGAACAAGGACAUGGCAGACCAAUUGAAUAACUACUUUGGUUCUGUCUUCACUAAGGAAGACAUAAAUAAUCUGCCGGAAAUAGCAGGGGACCGGGGGUCAAAUGAGAUGGAGGAACUGAGUGAAAUCCAGGUUAGCCGGGAUGUUAGGUAAAUUGAAUGGAUUAAAGGCCGAUAAAUCCCCAGGGCCAGAUAGGCUGCAUCCCAGAGUACUUAAGGAAGUAGCCACAGAAAUAGUGGAUGGAUUAGUGAUAAUUUUUCAAAACUCUUUAGAUUCUGGAGUAGUUCCUGUGGAUUGGAGGGUAGCUAAUGUAACCCCACGUUUUAAAAAGGGAGGGAGAGGGAAAACGGGGAAUUACAGACCAGUUAGUCUAACGUCGGUAGUGGGGUAACUGCUAUAAUCAGUUAUUAAAGAUGGGAUUGCAGCACAUUUGGAAAGUGGUGAAAUCUUUGGACAAAGUCAGCAUAGAUAUAUGAAAGGUAAAUCAUGUCUGACGAAUUUUAUAGCAUUUUUCGAGGAUGUAACUAGUAGAGUGGAUAAGGGAGAACCAGUGGAUGUGUUAUAUCUGGACUUCCAGAAGGCUUUCGACAAGGUCCCACAUAAGAGAUUAGUAUACAAACUUAAAGCAUACGGUAUUGGGGGUUCAGUAUUGAUGUGGAUAGAGAACUGGGUGGCAGACAGGAAGCAAAGAGUAUGAGUAAACGGGUCCUUUUCAGAAUGGCAGACAGUGACUAGUGGGGUACCGCAAGGCUCAGUGCUGGGACCCCAGCUAUUUAAAAUAUAUAUUAAUGAUCUGGAUGAGGGAAUUGAAUGCAACAUCUCCAAGUUUGCGGAUAACACGAAGCUGGGGGGCAGUGUUAGCUGUGAGGAGGAAGCUAGGAGGCUGCAAGGUGACUUGGAUAGGCUGGGUGAGUGGGAAAAUGCAUGGCAGAUGCAGUAUAAUAUGGAUAAAUGUGAGGUUAUCCACUUUGGUGGCAAAAACAGGAAAGUAUAUUAUCUGAAUGGUGGUCGAUUAGGAAAGGGGGAGAUGCAACGAGACCUGGGUGUCAUGGUACACCAGUCAUUGAAAGUAUGCAUACAGGUGCGGCAGGCAGUAAAGAAAGCAAAUGGUAUGUUAGCAUUCAUAGCAAAAGGAUUUGAUUAUAGGAGCAGGGAGGUUCUACUGUAGUUGUACAGGGUCUUGGUGAGACCACACCUGGAGUAUUGCGUACAGUUUUGGUCUCCUAAUCUGAGGAAAGACAUUCUUGCCAUAGAGGUAGUACAGAGAAGGUUCACCAGACUGAUUCCUGGGAUGUCAGGACUUUCAUAUGAAGAAAGACUGGAUAGACUUGGUUUGUACUCGCUAGAAUUUAGGAGAUUGAGAGGGGAUCUUAUAGAAACUUACAUAAUUCUUAAGGGGUUGGACAGCCUAGAUGCAGGAAGAUUGUUUCCGAUGUUGGGGAAGUCCAGAACAAUGCGUCACAGUUUAACGAUAAGGGGAAAAUCUUUUAGGACCGAAAUGAAGAAAACAUUUUUCACACAGAGAUUGGUGAAUCUCUGGAAUUCUCUGCCACAGAAGGUAGUUGAGGCCAGUUCGUUGGCUAUAUUUAAGAGGUAGUUAGAUGUGGCCCUUGUGGCUAAAGGGAUCAGGGGGUAUGGAGAGAAGGCAGGUAAAGAAUACUGCGUUGGAUGAUCAGCCAUGAUCAUAUUGAAUUGCGGUGCAGGCUCGAAGGGCCGAAUGGCCUACUCCUGCACCUAUUUUCUAUGUUUCUAUGUUUCUAUAACACUUCCCAGGACAGCGUCAGACAUUAAAUCGGUCGUGUCCUGCUCUGACUUCACAAAAUGAAACACCUCGCACUUAUCUGCAUUAGAUUGCAUUUGCCAUACUGCAGCUCAUUUGCUCAGUUGAUGAGGAACCUGCUGUAAUUUUUGAUAACUAGCUUUACUAUCUACGUUGCCACCUACUUCACUAUCAUCUGCAUACGUAGUAAUUAAGCUGAGAAAUGACAUUCCACAACAAACCUUGCCUUCCUUUCAUGAAGCCAAUUCUCUAUCCAGUCAGCAUGAUCUAUAGAAUCCGAUGCGUUCUAACCACCCAAAACAGCUUACCAUACGGACCCAUAUCAAGCAUAUAUUUAAGUAAAUAUGUUCUGUCUCUGUGUUUAUUUUUGUUUUCUGCAAUGCACGGGCGAUAUUUUGUGUAUCAGUAACACAAUGUACAGUAGAAUUCGAAAUAAUGUUUGUUUACGUGGAAUGUAUGCAAACCACUAGUUUCUGACUUUCCAACUCAAAUGUUUGAUAUUGGGCCAACUAUCCAAAUAAAUGUAGUACAUGAAUCUUGUUGUAGUACUUCAACGUUUAGCAUCACAAGACAAAGCAUUCUGAGAAUUCAUAUUCAGUUGAACAGUGUAUGUAUUGUUGUUUCGCAGUUCGUCCGAAAUUGGUGAGAUAAACCAGUAAAGUGACAGCAUAAAUGGUAUCGUUUUCGACUGAAGUGUAACGAAAUAAAUAGUUAUUAGGUUACCGGUUAUUCUGUUCCUUGGUAUUACGAAUGCUUGUUAUCACAUGUUAGAUAUAACGUCAUAACUCGAAUGAGAUCGCUCGAAGCAGUACAUC